AUGUUUGGAAUAGACACGUAUACGGUGAGCGUUUCGGCGCCGGGGAAGGUGAUUUUGCACGGAGAACAUUCCGUUGUCUAUGGCAAGACGGCCAUUGCUGUUAGUUUGGGGCUAAGGAGCUCGAUCGUCAUAAAGGAGGUGAAUUUGAUGGGAGAGCCAGCGGUCCACAUCCAUCUGCCAUGCGUGGAUCUCCAAGAGGUCAUACCUCUAAAACCCACCAUCCAGGCGCUCUUCGACCCCCAACUCUCCCCGAGCGUGAGCGGCAAAUUCUCAUGGAGAAUACCGGACAAACUCGACCACGACACGCACUUGAGGAAAGUCGACGAGUUCCUCCACCACAUCCGCCCCAACUUCGACAGCUUACCAGGAAACCAGAAGAACUCCUUAAGGAGUUUCCUAUACGUCUUCUCCGGUAUCUUCGGCAGUACGAAACUGCAGGUUAAAUCCAUGGACAUUUCAAUGGGUUCCGAGUUGACGAUUGGAGCGGGGACUGGCUCUUCGGCCUCGUUCGCCGUCUGCUUGACCGGGGCGCUGAUAAGGCUGGUGAAAUUGAAGAGUUCUAGUUACGAGUUCUACGAUCAGAGUGAAGAGUUUACGAUGAAAGAGAAGGAGAUAAUAUCGGCGUGGGCGUUCAAUUGCGAGAGGAUUAUGCAUGGGACGCCGUCGGGCAUAGACAACGCGACAUGCACGUUCGGGUCUUUGGUAUCUUUCAAGAAGGGCGAGAAACCCCGCUUCGUGGACAUCCGACUGAACCUGAAGAUCCUCCUGGUGGAUUCCCGGGUGACCCGCGAGACCAGGGCCCUGGUGGUGAAGGUGGCCACGUUGAGGCAACAGAAUCGUGACACGGUGGACAGUAUACUGGCGGCGAUGGACACCAUAGCGCUGACUGCUACGCAGGUUUUGGAGAAAAUCAGUAGUGGCAAAUGUGAAGCUGACACCGAUUUUGAUUAUCAACAUUUGGCCGACCUAUGGGACAUGAACCACUGCCUGCUAGCCGCCCUGGGGGUGUCCCACCCGGCGCUGGAGACGAUCAGGUCGGCUGCCAGAGCGAAGAACUUGGCGUGCAAGCUCACCGGAGCGGGCGGUGGAGGAUACGCCAUGGUUCUCAUCCCACCUUCCACGCCACGAUCUACUGUCGACUCUUUAUCAGGACAACUCCUGGAACUUGGCUUCAGAGUGACCGAGACGAGACUGGGAGGCCCCGGGAUAACCCUGGAGAUGUGACGUCACACCCAAGAGGAAGUUAGGAACGCCAUCCCGCUAUCGGAAAUAGUGAGAAACUCUGAGAAAAUAGUGGGAAACGAUGAGAAAGUAAUGAGAAAUAGUGUGAUGAGAUCUGAAAGCGUGGGUGAUGAUAGUGAAUGUGCAACGAGUAAUUCUGAUGCAAAUGAAGUUAAUUGUUUUCAAUCACAAGUUUUGAACAAUCCUACUUAUUCAGUAUCCGUGAAUAAUUGUUUACCAAGAUCUGAAGAAACUGAUGCUAUAAAUAUAGCGAGAAACGUAGAUUCAUGUAUACCAAUAGAUGCCACAAUGUAUUCAGAGAAAUCAAUAAAGCAAAUAUUCCAAAAUAAACAUGUAGAACAAGAAACUAAUUUAUAUGUAGACCUGGACCUGACAAAUUCUUCAAAAUGUGCGACGACGAGAAACAUGUCGACAAUAGUGAGAAACGCUAUGCCCAACUCAGGAAUAAAAUACAAUUCAGUUUCUGAAAUAAUUACAACGUAUUCCGAAAACAUAUCAACAUCAUUAACUCAUACUAAAUCGUGUAAGGAUUUUGAGACUGAAAAUACAAUAAUGGCUUCAAUCAAUGAAAACAUUUUUAAAUCAAAUAAAGACAUACCUCAUAAUUUUAUACCAGAAAAUAGGAGUGAAAAUCUCGCAUCAAAUAUAUCAGACUUGAAAAAUGUUCCGAAAUCGAAUGGCGAUUUUGAAAAUGGAAGUGCAAGUUUUAGUGACGUGAAUGCGCCCGUUAUGAAUUUAAAAAGAAUAAAUAGUUUAAAUUUGGAAUCGUCGGAUGAUUCAAGCCCAGUUGCGAAACGGUAUCGGCCGAGGUAACACGCAAAAUGGACCGUGACACUCUGUGAUAUGUGGAUUUUUUUUGUGUUAUUUCAAAAUGGCUGCUGUGUGGAUUAUUGUUUACGAUUACUAACGGAGCUUGUCCAAUUUUUGUGUGAAAAGAAUAUUGCUUCUGAACUUUUUUUUUGUAUAACAAGAAAAAUAUCGAAGAUAUUUAUUUUUGAUAUUUUAAUAUGGAGAAUUCUUAUUAAAUAAUUAUAAUGACAAGAUCUUAAAGUAUAUUAUAUGCAAAAACAGAGCAAAUCAACCCAACCACCAAUAUACUUAACAUAUUGUUAUUUCAUGUAUUUGUUAUGUGUUUGUCAAUAUAAUAAGUUACAAAUGUACAUUUCAAAAAUCCGAAAUGCCUAUUUGACAACUUAUUUUUGGCCACCAAAAAUAUUGAAAUAAGAAUAACGAUGAAUUUACAAACAAUCGGGCGUUGAAUAUACAAACCAUGUUAAACUGUCUGCAGUUGUGGUGUAAAAAUCUUGAGACUAAGAGAUAACACAUCCAAAUUUCCGUAUUUAGACAAGUCAUAGAAGGUUGUAUUGAAUGUUUGGUUCCAAAUAGAGUGCGCAUAAAUUUAUUUAAUGAACUUUUAAUCUUAAUCCGGUGAAGUAAUUAUUAAUUUUCUUUUGAGUUUAAAUAUUAAUUGAAAGAUGUCUUUUUUCGGGUCCAAAAAAAACCACCUUAACAUUUCUAUAAUAUUUUUUUCACAUUUACACAAAAAAAAUUACAUUCUUUUUCAACAGCUGUAAUUUUUGACCAAUGCUCUUCUAUGACUGAGCUAAAUGCGCUCUCUAUGUAUGUAUAACCCUAGGACAGGCUCUUAGCAUAUAAGGAUUUGGUCUCGAAUGUGUAAACAUUUAUUGAAUUAAUAUUGGUUAUGUUCAGUUUGUUCGGCACACAAAACAUUCCUAAUACCUAUUUAAUACUAAGUGUGAAGGAUUUGCCAUCCUUAUCGUGAAUUCUGCUUUGAAGGCCGACCUUAACCGACCACGAAGCGAAGGGUAAUGAGUGAAGUUUAUCUAUAUUUAUGAUAAAAACUUCCUCUCAAAUUAUGUAUGACAAUAAUUAAUUUUAGAAAAGAUUUGCUUGAAAUAUUCCGCUUGGUGUUCAUUGCAUAAGAUUUUUAAUUAAAUAAUACAAUUUGUAGUUGUAAUCAUACAUUUUGUAUCAAUUUCUCUAUUUUGUUCGUAUACCCAGAGUUGCAACCUCCGCCAUUAUGUUCCUUUCAUACUCUCAAUUUUAUACGGUUUUCGGCGUUCUCAGUUUUAAAAUGACUUAAAAUUUUAUAACCUAGCCCGGCGGAGGCGGCAGGGUAUCUUGAAUGGCUUUUUGACUUGGUAACAUAUUACAAAAGGUAACUAGUCUGUAUGUCUGAUUCAUGACUUUUUCUAAGGCAGUGGUAACUAAUGUACCCACCAAUAACUGAACCUUAUUUCUAAGAUUCAGAAUCUUAAAACACCAACUGCUUUAGGGUUUAACUUGUACAGACCUGCAAUGAUUUCCUCUAGUACAGUCAACUGCUGAGAAACCUGAUCUUCUAUGGUGUUGGCUUGUAUAAACAGGGGUCAUGUUUUUUUGACGUUGACUGUACAACCAUGAUCCAAGCUGAUUCCUCAUUUAACAAGGUCACGGAAGUCAGACGGGAAUCGCUCUGUGUACCUGACUUACCCAACCUUGGAUUGUGGUCAGAGAGACCCCAGGCACCGGGACAAUCACCAAGAUGAUAUUAGCGCCGUGUCAGCUCACAAAAGUUGAUUAGCAAUGGUCAUGUUUGUUUGUGUGUUUGUAGCAUAGAAAUAGGAAUAAUGUAAGACGGUAGAAGUGGCAAGUAAUGGUAAAUGUGAAGUCGCAACUAAUAGUUGUGACACCAUUUGCAUCUCACUUUUGAGGAUUAUUUGACAGCUAUAAUUUCUUUUCUGUCUUUUUGUCUUAUAUUAUUCAGAUUUCUGUGGUUUUGUAGAUUAUUAAUAUUGUUUGUAGUAAUUUAUUGUAUUUUAGUUGUUUUGAGAAGUUUGGCAGCGGGUAGUGAGCACUGGUUUUUGAAGUCUCACUCUUGAAAUAUAAAUUAUGUUAUUUUUUUUAAUAUUUUGAAUAAGUUUUAUUAUGUAUUUUAAUACACCGUGAACGUUUAGGUGAUUUAUUCGUUUAUGUCAGCCUAACAUUUUAAAAAAGAUAAAAAUGACCUGUCGAAAAUGUUAUGAGCAGUGCAUAUUAUGUUGCAUAUAUAUUUUUACAGGGUCAUAUUAAUUUGUAGUAUAAAAAUAAUUUUAUGCCAGCAGCAUUUUAUGAAUUCUUCAAUGAGUUGAUGUUAGU